UUAUGUCAAGACAUUUCUAAAUGUGGUGUUGUUUACCCACCUUGACACCUUGAAGACAACCCCUGAUGUUAUCUACUUAAAAUCAGUAUCUCAACUUACAGUGUGAAAGAUGCCAAUACUUACUUUAGCUUUAAAUGUGAAAGUGGAGAGAGCUCCAGAUCUCAAGGGGGGAUCAACAAGACUCUACAUGAAAGCUUGAGAACACAUGAACCAUCAGGAAAUAUGAGUGUGAAUGAUGAACACACCAGACCCUUCGGGACCAGCAUUGAAGAUGGCUGUAAGGAAAUCAGUAACAACAACAGACAUGUUGAAGAUUCCCUGGAUGGUGAUGGCAAUGCUAAUGAAAUCCAAAGAGGAGAUGGAGGAACAAGUUGGGAGGUAACUGAAACCCUGUCCUCUGUGGUAUCUCACACUGAAGAACGGGUGAAGCUGAUUAUCCAGGGCACAGAUUCCCCAUGUGAUGACCCAGAGUUGGCUGAGUUUGAGAUGCUGGAAAGUCAGGAACUAGAGGAUGAUGAAGAGAACAGUAUUCCUAAAAGUGACAUGAAUGGGGCUAUAUCCACCAAUAUGAUGCAGACUGAAGCAAAGUCUCCGAAGGAUAGCAAAAUGUUCUCCCAGUUUAUUUCAAAGGAGCAAGAGUCUACUGUUUGUCCUCAGUCCACUAACAAAGAAAUGAUGACCAGCAUAGCCAGGACUGAGUUUAGCUCUGAAAAUGAUGUUUUUGUCUCUUGCCUCUCCACAAUGUCUAGUCUUGGAGGAAGUCUUGCUAGUGCUCUGGACCACGCUGGUCGAACCCAAAGCUCUGAUUCGUGGCAUGCUCCCUCAGGGCCAUUCCGAACUCUCUCUGAGGACCUUACCCUUGCCUCACAGACCUGUUUAACUAUUUCGGAUAAAAGCCGGAGCUCUGUACAUAUUGAAGGCAUGCAUCAUCAGCCAGGAAAAAGUACAAAGCACAUUGGCAGUGUUGAUCUCAAUCUUAACUCUACCACCUUGCCUGAGGAACCCCUUUUAGAAGCACAAGAAAACCAACCAGCUACAGACUUUGUAACAUAUGAGAGCUCAGGUCAACUGACAAAUGGCAUGAGUGAAUGUAGAAUUGCAAGGAUCAAGAAGAUCCCUAAUGAAUCAGGAAUUACCAGUCAGGACAAUCUAGGAGAACCUGGAAUUCAUGUAAAGGAGUACCAUGGAACAGAAGACAAGGCUCCAAAUUUGAAAACAAUAUCAACUGAGAAGAAACCUUGCCAACCUCUUGUCUCAGACAUCACACAGUCUGCUGCACAUAACAGAAGGUUCUCCCAUGACUCCACUGGUGAUAUAAAUAAUAAACUCAAAUCCCAGAAUGAUGAAUCUCCUAAAAUUGUUCUUAAAACCUCAAAACUAACCUCAACGAAUACACCUGUGCACUCUGGUGGUUCUGAACCCCAACCUUACAAGAAUCAAGCUUCUUUUGAAAAGACCCAACGUUCUAGUGCAUCGAGUUUGGAAAGGCGAAGACCUUGGGGCAGCCCGUCUCGCCCUGAGACCCCUCCAUCCCCUAAAGCCACCUGUUCACCUCGGAAACAGCCACCUUCAUCACCAGCCAAGCCUAUUAGCACAAGAGAAGCAAGUCAGGAACAAAAUGAAACCUUAGAGAGGGGAACCACUGGUUUGAGGCAACCAAGUAAAAGUUUUCUCAGUAGUAGUAGCAGUCUCCCAAAACCUGCCAUUCCUCAGCAACCCACUAAAGCAGAGUGUGAAUCUAAGAAGUCUUCUCCACCUCAGAAGCCCAAAAAUGUUCGACCAAAAAUCAUAACAUAUGUCCGCAAAAGCCCUCAAGUGAAACCAAUGUCUGAAGGUCCCUAUGAAGUAUCGACGCUACCGCCAAGACUUACACCUUACAGUAGCUCACCAACCUCAAAAGAAUCCAAGGCCGAGAGGUUCAGAGGUUCACCCGUGCUGAGCUCCUCUAAUAUCCUUUAUGAAAAGUAUCGUCAAGAAGUACAGAGGUCAGGGUACUACUCCCCUCCAGGACUGAUAGAGUCUGGGAUCAGGCCACUGAGCCACACUGUCCCCCAUAAACUGGUGGGCAAAUCAGAGAGUUUCCACGGGGAACUGCCAGAUCAAUAUUUACAGGGUGGUAGAGUGGUUCAGCUAAAUACCCAUGAUGCUGCUGCUGCCGUUUUUCGCUUUCCCAGAGCCCUAAGGCCUCAGCUUGGCCUUGGAGCUGUUACCAGACAGCCUGCUACUAAGAACAGGACGGUGUUAGCAGGUCAAAGGUCAGCAUCACCCCUCAGUUAUACGGCUCCAGCUGUUCAGGCCCCAAGUAGUCACCAGGAACCUGCAGUGGAUCAGAAGAGACUAUCAUUGGGUGUGGCCCCCAAAUUUAUGUUCCCCAAACCGGGUCAUUCUGGACUGCGUCCUCCCGGCUUCUCCCAUCUGCCUCCUGCUCGACUGGCCACCUUUGGCUUUGUCCGCAGUGCUAGCGUGUCUUCUGUGUCCAGCAACCAAUCGAAUGACAGCAUACACAGUGACCCCUGCCAAUCCAGCCGUCCACACAGCAGCAGUGAUGAAACUCUCCUCUCGCGCUCUCCUCUCCCUCCUGCUGAGAGCAGCAGCAGCAGGAGUCAGAACCGCAGCAGUCCCCCGCCCCCAUCCCGCCGAUCUCUGCACCCGCCCCCUUGUGCCUCACCCAUGGCCUCUAGAAAGGAGUUUCAAAGGGAUGGAGAAAUCACCCGACCCAUUGUGUCGUCCCCGAAGAGGUUUGCAGUGGUCUCUCCCAAGCCUCAGUCCCCUGUGCGUCAGAAGUCAUGUGUGGCCCGUCUGGGUGGGCGUGCUGAAGGUGUGGAUGCCGAGCGGGAGCGGUUGAUGGUACAGAAACUGAAAGAGAGAUGUGAAGAUCAGGCUCGGCAGCUGAUCACCCUGCAGGAUGAGCUCAGGAAGUCCUCACGAUGCCUGGAUGUGUUCAUCAUAUCCACACAACACUUCUGCCAGAAGAGCGAGAGUGUUGCCGUGAAGGAGAGGGAGUUGUCCCUGCUGUUAGCCAGGAUCAGGGAUGAAGUGGUGGUCAGUGUUCAGCGGUGGGAGCGUCUGCAGGGUGAGAAGGCCCAACUGGAGCAGAGUUUUGAGCGGGAGCUGAAAGGACUACAAGAGGAGCAACAGCAGGAGCUCAAGGCCCUGCAGGAGAGACUGGUAGAGGAGCGCACCUCCGAGAUACAGCGACUCCGGCAACAGCAGAACAGCCACCUAGUGCAGCUGCGUUCCCAGCACCAGGAACAGAUCGAGGAAAUGAGUGAAAACCAUGAGAGGGCCAUGAUGGAGAUGGAAGCGACCCAUGGUGCCACGUUGGCCACUUUACAGGAAGAACACACCAGAACCAUCAAGAACCUGAAGAUGGCACAUGAGCAGCAAAAGAAGUCAAUGGAAGAGGAAUUUGAGAAGCUCAGACUCUCACUACAGGAUCAGGUGGACACCUUGACAUUUCAGAACCGUGCUCUGCGAGACCGGGCCAAGCGCUUUGAAGAAGCACUGCGCAGAAGCACAGAUGAGCAAAUGGUGGAUGCUCUUGCUCCGUAUCAGCAUAUCGAAGAGGACCUGAAGAGUCUUAAAGAGGUUCUGGAGAUGAAGAAUCAACAGAUUCAUCAACAGGAGCUCAAAAUUUCAGAGCUGGAAAAAAUGGCCCAAAAGAAUGUUAUGUUGGAGGAGCGUAUUCGGGUGUUACAGCAGCAAAAUGAAGACCUGAAGGACAGGAUUGACCGCAACCUUGCCAUGUCCAGGCAACUGUCUGAGGAAAAUGCCAACCUGCAGGUGAACGUUGAGAAAGAGAGCAACGAGAAGAAACGACUGAGUCGCACCAAUGAAGAGCUGCUGUGGCGUCUUCAAUCGGACGAGUUGAGUCCUCGAAUGUCUCCCACCCAAUCGCCCCUUCAUCGACCAGCCUCUAGUCCAGCUUCACCCUCCCCACAACAGCCCUUCCCUAGAUGAGUGUCCAGUUCUCCGUCUCUCACACUAUUCUUUUUUUCCUUUAUCUUUAACUCCUGUUUCUCAUUGUGGAGUCUGAUUUGAUUCUGAAUGGAACAGAGGAUGCUCUCACACCUCUGACAUCAUAGAUGGUGGUCAUAGCGCUUUCGGUUUCAUCAUGCCAAUGUUACUGUAUUAGUUAGUUGAUACAGUGGUCAGGGUUUGAGUUGGAGCGUGACUGAACAAAAUAGUUGAAGGCAUGUACGUAAUUAUGUAAAUAGAUGGUUAACCCAAAAAUUUAACAUUCUAUCAUAAUUUACUUAUUCUGAACCUGCAUGACUGACUUUCUUAUGUGGAGCAUAAAUGGAGAAAUUUUAAAAAAUUGUUCUUUUUUGCGCAAUUACAAUGAAUAGGGACUGAAGCUUUUAAGUUUUAAAAGGAUGCAUGAAAGUCAAAUUUAAGUUCAUUGUUAUACUCCGCCUACAGUGUGACUGGAUAGUUGAAUCAGUGAGUUGAUCUCGAGAACUAAAUCAGUCUGAUUCAUGAAGAAUCAGUCGGGUUCAAGAAUCAAUCAGCAUUCUAAGCCAAUUAUGGUUGAAAGUUCCAUCUUUAUCAGCAUAGUUCAACGAUUCCGCAUUUGCAUUUGAAACUGCAGUUCUAACAAAUGUUCGCAAACAGCAUCAUAAAGUUGUUUGGUUGGAACUACAGCCUUCAACCUGUGAUUAGGAUUGUGAUUUUUUUUUUUUUUUUUUUUUUUUUGUAUGACGUGAACGUAAAUGGAUCAUGCUCUUGAGAAAAAACAAAGCAAGCUAACAUGCAGUACAGUCUGUCUUUUAUUCUAUAUAUCUAUAUAUCUAUAUCUAUAUACACAGUAGUCCUCAGAUGGCAUAUCCAUUAUAUAAAGCAGUAAUCUUAAAUUAUUUUGAUCUUGAACUGAUUAAU